ACUGCGCGUAAGAGGCGCUUCAUUAUAUUAUAAAAGUGAAACAAAAUAUUAAAGUACGAAACACGAGUCCGAGUAAACGACGACGACGACGUCAGAAGAGAAAAGAAACCAAACGAAACGAUCUAGUCUUACUCCUACAGUCCUACCUAUAUAUAAAGAAGAUACGAGAUCUCUCUCUCUCUCACAAGUCAUAACAACAGAAUACAGCCAUUUCUUGUCUGAAAAAGACUCUCAAGAGAGACUUCUUCUUCUUCUUCUAGAUCAUCAUUUUGGUCGUUAAAAUGAUCUCUGUCGUAACCAUUGCUGAGAUACUAGUGGAGUACACGACGGCUCUAGCCAAACUCACCGCCGUGAUUCUUCCGAGAGAUGGAAACUUCGUUCGGAUUGGUGGUUUCUCUUUGUAUUGUCCUCCUUCAUCCUCACCGCUUCCCGAUUUCUCCUCUCAUCUUGUCAAUUUCUGAUUACUGGCUCUUGUCGAAUUUAAUUUUAACUAUUUACUUGGUUGAUAUUAUUUAUUUUUGGCACCCUAUUUUUUUAUUUUCUUAUAAAAAA